AUAUAUAUUGGACUAGCUUUAAAUGCAGCGUUCAAAUCUGUGCGAGUGCUUUCAACUGGAGAGCUCUCUCCCUAGCUUCCUGCUCUGCCUUCAGUAAAAGCGAAAGCAAAAAGCCUCUCUCCGUCUCUCUCCCUGUGAGUCUGCACCUCAACUCUCAUGGCGACUGAAGACGUUACUAUUAGAGAUAAACCCAAAUCACUUCCUCCUUACCCAGAGAUGAUUUUGAAAGCAAUUGAAGCAUUGAACGACAAGAAUGGCUCCAACAAAUCAUCUAUAUCAAAGUACAUUGAGUCGAUACAUGGGGAGUUGCCUGCUGGGCACUCAGUACUACUACUCACACACCACCUCAACAAAAUGACAGAGAGUGGAGAGCUGGUCUUCUGGAAAAACAACUACACGAAGCGGGACCCCAAUGCCCCUCCCAGGCGGGGCCGUGGCAGGCCGCCAAAGCCAAAGGUCCUACUGCCAACUGGCAUGGAUUUGGCUCCAGCGAGGCCUAGGGGCCGGCCACCUAAGGACCCAAAUGCACCUCCAAAGCCGCCCAAGAUGAGGGUCUCAACGGGUAGUGGGAAGCCAAGAGGGCGGCCGAGGAAGAUGGCAAGGCCCAGUGGGGGAUUGGGAGGAUCGGUAACAACAGUGCCGGCAUCUAAGGCUACUGGAAAGCCGAGAGGUCGGCCUCCAAAGGUGAAGGCUCCGGGGACUGGAGUGAGUGUUCAACAAUAGACACUUUAAUGGUGGCCGUGGUAAUCAACGUGACGUUAGUUCUAGUUUAUAGUUUCCCAUGUAACUGCAUGUACAAUGCAAUGUAGCUGUUAUCGAGGCUUGCUUAGUUUCUAAUUCUAAUGGAGGAUAUGGCUUGUUGUAAUGAUGCUUUUAGGAUUUGUUUAUUUGUUGUGUUUUUAUAAUUCUAUUGCAUGCAUUAUCUUCAUUUUA